CGCGAAUACGCUGGUUGAUGUCGAGUCAACCUGUUGCGUCAACGGAAUAUCCGGUAUUUUAUCCGGAUAUCGUGGGAUCUUAGAGGAUCUCUUUUGGUCAAACUUGUUUUCUUCCACGAGGUCGCAUCGAUUUACAUGUUGGGACUGCAACUCGCCCGCCGCGCGCGUCAUGUCCGCCUUGAGAAUGCCGCGACUGCCAUUCGCGCUGCGUCCUCGACGUCCAACGGCGGCAAGCCCAAGGCCAAAGUGCAGUCGGCCAAGGACGCUUCGGAAGGGGUGAGCUACACUCGGGGUCUGUUUCUUGGGGUGAACAACGCCAAGUUGGCGUUUCCGUUUCCCAAGCUGUCAACGGACGAGUCCGAAACGCUGCAAUCCCUGGUGAACCCCGUGGUGAAGUUUUUUGAAGAAGGGGUGGACGCCAAGCUCAUCGACGACACCAAAGUCAUCCCAGAAGAAACCCUCGCGAGUCUCAAGGAGAUGGGGUUGUUUGGACUGCAAAUCCCCGAAGAACUGAAUGGCCUUGGGUUGAGCAACACUGGGUACGCGCGUGUGUGCGAAGAGUUAUCGGACGCGUCGAUCGCCGUCACGAUCAUGGCGCAUCAGUCCAUUGGACUCAAGGGCAUCUUGCUCAACGGGAACGCUGCGCAACAAGCCAAGUACUUGCCCAAGCUCGCAACGGGGGAGAACCUGGCCGCGUUUGCAUUGACGGAACCGAGCAGCGGAUCCGACGCCCAGUCGAUCAAGACGCGUGCGGUGCUGUCGGAGGACAAGUCGCACUUCAUCUUGAACGGCGGCAAGAUCUGGAUCAGCAACGGCGGAUGGGCCGAGGUUAUGACCGUGUUCGCGCAGACAGAAGUGGACGGCAAGGACAAGGUCACAGCGUUCAUCGUCGAGCGCGCGUUUGGCGGGCUCACGAGCGGGCCGCCCGAGGACAAGCUGGGCAUCCGCGGCUCCAACACGUGCCAAGUGUUUUUUGAUAAUGUCAAGGUGCCAGUGGAAAACGUGCUCGGCGGCGGUGAGGACGGCAAGACGGGGGGGUUGGCAGGCGUCGGCCACGGCUUCAAGGUGGCCAUGAACAUUUUGAACAACGGGCGGUUCGGGAUUGGUGCGGCGUCGGGGGGCCAACUGCGGCGAGUGAUUGCCAAGGCAGCCGAGCAUGCGACACAGCGCAAGCAGUUUGGGGCGUCCUUGUCCGAGUUUGGCUUGAUCAAGGAGAAGAUUGGCCACUUGGCACUCAACACGUAUGCGAUCGAGUCGAUGGCAUACAUGACCACGGGUAUGAUUGACCGCGGCGAUCCAUUUUGCGAAAUCGAAGCGGCCAUGUGCAAAGUAUUUGGAUCGGAAGCGUCCUUUGAAGGCAUCAACGAAGCCAUUCAAAUCAUGGGCGGCACGGGCUUUAUGCGCGACUGGCCGUUUGAACGAUACAUGCGGGACGCGCGCAUUCUGUCCAUCUUUGAAGGCACGAAUGAGAUUUUGCGCCUGUUGAUUGCCCUGAGUGGCAUCAAGACGGCUGGCGAGCGGUUGUCUGCCGUGGGCAGUUUGUUCAAGAAUCCGUUUAGCGACCCUGCCGCCGUCGCGUCGGAGAUCUCGUCGCGCGUGCAGAAGAAGAUUUCGGCUCCUGCGACGCUGGAAGGCGUGCACCCCAAGCUCAAGGCGUCGGCCGACUUGCUCCAAACGCGAACAAUUGAGUUUGGAGAUGCCGUUGAGUCGCUGUUGAGAAAGCACGGCAAGACCAUCGUGCACGAGCAACUGCAACUGAAGCGCAUUGCCGAUGCGUCCAUCCAGCUGUUUGCCAUGACGGCGACCAUUUCCCGGGCAUCGACGGCGCUGGCCGACAAGUCGCCCACUGCGGCGCAUGAGUUGGCGCUGACGCAAUUGUACGCGGAAAUCGCAUCGGACAAGAUUCGGAACAACCUGCGCGAGAUCCAAACCCAUACCAAGAAGGACAGCCAGCUCAAAGCCAUUGCCGACCAAGUGUUUGCCCAGUCCAAGUACAUUCCAUCGCACCCCACGGGUGUUAACGCUUAGUCGACUUCUCUUAACACCAAGUAAUGAAAGUAUCGUCAGUGGUGAUCAUAAAAGAA